CUCACUUACUCACUCGACCGUUCCUCCAAAAAAAUUCAAAAUUCCCAUUUUCGAAAUCUCUUAAAAAGGAAUCUUCCGGCGAAGAAAUCAAGAAACAUCCAAUCUCUCCGGUAAUAAUGGGCUGCGUCUCAUCAAACCUCCUAAAUCACGACGAAGAUUUCCCUCAGAUCGGCGCCAGCUCCGCCUUCGGCCACCACAUCGUCAAGCUAACCUCCACUACUUAUGGUCUUCUCACUCUCGAUCCUCCUCCUUCUCCUCCAACAUCGCCGCCUCAGAAACUCACUACCGGUGCAGACACAAAGUCACCGUUGUCUGAGCCGGAAGUUAUCAACUCAUGGGAGCUUAUGUCUGGCCUCGACGGCGAGAGUUUCCGCUUCACUCCUCUCCCGAAGACUCCUCCCGUGAAGUAUAAAGUCUUCGGCGGAGAAAACAAAGAGAAUUCAGAUCCUAACCGGAGAAAUCCGACAAAAUCAUUGAACAAGGAGAUUCUGAAACCGUUGGAUCCGAAACUGUCCGAAAGAUUCGAGAGCAUUUGUCCUCCAGGAGGAGAAUACAAAGAGAAUUCGGAUCCUAACCGGAGAAAUCCGACAAAAUCACUGAACAAGGAUGUUCUGGAACCGUUGGAUCCGAAACUGUCGGAGAGAUUCGAGAGGAUCUGUCCUCCAGGAGGAGAGAAUCGAGUGGUGAUCUACACGACGUCGUUGCGCGGCGUGCGUAGGACGUUCGAGGAAUGUAACGCCGUGAGAGCGGCGGUGGAGGUGUCAGGUGUAGUGAUCUGCGAGAGAGACGUGUCCAUGGAUAGAGGAUUUAGGGAAGAGCUCGCGACUCUGAUGGCCAAGAGGAUCAGUAACAGUAACGAUAAGGCUUCUUCUGCAUUGCCUCCUAGGGUGUUUGUGAAGGGAAUGUACAUUGGUGGAGCAGAGGAAGUGUUGAGAUUAGUCGAGGAAGGUGUUUUUGCUGAGAUGAUACGUGGGAUGCCGAGUAAAAAAGGAGGAGGAUGUGGCGGAGAUGGAGAUGGUGCUUGUGAUGGAUGCGGUGGUUUGUUUUUCUUGCCGUGUUUCCAGUGUAACGGAAGCUGUAAAGUUGUGAAAGGAUGGGGUAGCUCUGCCCUUGUUGGGAGGUGUACGGAGUGUAAUGAGAACGGUCUUGUUCCAUGUCCGAUUUGCAGCUGAGAGAGAUUGAGUGAGAAUACUCUCUUUGUUUUCCUCUGUUUCUUUCUUAAGUCUCUGAAAGCUAUGGAUGAAACAGCAAACCUUGUUCUCUCUUCUGUAUAAUUCUAUACAAAUCCUUAUGUUAUAUGAUGUGUUCAUCUUCCCUAAUGAGAUUGUAAUGUUACCAAGACAAGAAAAUAAGAA